UUCAUCAGCGUUUGCUCGAGGUUAUAGAGCGUGUAUGUGUGUAAGAGCGAGUGUGAGUAUGAGAGUUAAAGACUGCGCGCGCGCGCUCGGAGCAGGGAGCGCGCGCACGAGAGAAUGAAUUCAUUCAAAUCUGUUGCUUUGGUGAAUCUCCGCCCGACGGAGCCCAGAGAGAUGCUGCUGCUGCUCCUUUAGAAGGACACCAUGAGAAAUCACAGGGAGAAUCGCGACGAGUUACUCAAUAUUUCAGCUUUGUACGCAGGAUGACAUUAACAUAAUAUUAAGAUGGAAUACUGACACACUUGCGCCAUUGAGUGAUAUUAAAAUAAGACAAAAGAGAUGAGUAUAAUUACUUUAUCUUUGCUGUUGUGUGCUGACCUACUGGAUUUCGUUAUAGGUUAUUUAACAGUCACCAUUGAGCCUCUCCCUCCUGUGGUUAUGGGGGACACAGUGACUUUGAAGUGCAAUUUCAGGACGGAUGGCAACUUACGAGAGAUUGUGUGGUUUCGGGUGACGGAAGGUGGAACAUCAAAACAGAAAAUUUUCACCUACGACGCCAUGUACAACACCAAUUUUUCUCACAUGGAGGACUUUCGGAGAAGAGAGGACCUUGUUUACCAGUCAACUGUCAGGCUCCCUGAGGUUCAGAUGGAAGAUGAUGGACCAUAUGAAUGCCAUGUGGGGAUCUAUGACAGGGCAUCUAGAGAGAAGGUGGUCUUGGCAUCUGGGAGUAUCACUCUUAAUGUCAUGUCUCCACCAAAAUCAAUAUCUGUUGAGGCAGCAAAUCAGCCAGCUCGAUUCAAUCGCUACGAGGCUCAAAACUUCACACUUAUUUGCAUUGUAACUGGAGGAAAACCUGCCCCUGUGGUGUACUUCAAGAGGGAUGGGGAACUUAUUGAAGUCCAUCCUUUCGCAUCCUCUGAGAAAGUGGAAAACAGAGGCUUGCUUUCUGCCAAGGAUAACCAACCGCUUAUCAGCCGAGAACUGGACGAUACAAAAGUGCAGAAGUCUCUUUCUUUCCUGGGCCCUUACAGCGAACCGGUGCGUCUGGAUAAGGACCGGCCCCAGCGUAGCUACACGUCCGGAGCCCCUGGCCAGGAGGAACCCAGUCCCACCACGGAGGUCAUCCCAGAGACUGUGAUCAGCCGAGAGUUUCCCCGCUGGGUGCUGAGCUCAAGCCCACUCUACUAUUUCAAUCAUACGCAGUCUGAGCUUCAUGAUGGUACUAUGGAGGUCCAAGCUAUGCUGACCUGGCACUUGAACCCACAACUGGACAAUGAGGCUCUGUUCAGCUGUGAAGUCAAGCACCCGGCUCUAUCCAUGCCCAUGAAGGCAGAGGUUACGCUCUCUGCUCCAAAAGGCCCGAAACUCUCGGUGGCUCCAAGCAGAGCGAAAGUGGGAGACACGGUUCGCAUCAAAGUGGAGGGAUUCCAAAUGGGACCCAAAGCGAAUGAAGUGUUUCCAGAGCCUCUGUUCACAUGGACACGUGUGGGAGGACCUCUGCUGGAUGGAAGUGAGGAGAGAUUUGGUAAAGUACUGGUUCUGGAGAGAGUCCCAGCUGAGCUCAACGGCUCAAUGUACCGCUGCACAGUCCAAAACCCUUUGGGAUCAACCAACACGCACACCCGCCUCAUAGUAUUUGAAAAUCCCAGGAUCAAGAAGGAGAAAAAACAUCUGAACCUUGGCGAUUCUGCCGGGGACAUGCUUGGACCCUCGCUGAUGAUGUUGCUGUUGUCAUUGACUCUGGAGUUAACAUGAGCACUAUGGGAUGCGCGUUUCAUUAGUACCCUUUAUGAUAAUAUGUCAGCUCCUCUGCCAUCUCUUUCGCUGUCCAGCAGCUACGCUAUAAUCCAGGACUGAGAUUGCAGCAGAGAAAUAUGUGCUCAGAAUCAGAACGAUAAGCUCAACCCACCCUGACCACCCCAACCAUGUGACUACAGUUCAGCUCAGUUUGUUCCGCACCUGUUUUGUCACAAUACAGUGACAUAUUCUUGCUUUGACUUCAUUUUCUACAUUGUAUUUGUGCACAGCUGCGUUGCAGAAAAGGAUUAGAGUGAAGUAGAAUGGGUUGGCCCACAUACAGAUAAUCCUGGACAUACAUUACAGCUUUCAUCAUUCUAAACAGCUUAUUGUAAUGUCAUUUCAUUAAUGUUGUUCCUUAAUAUACCCGAGCUGUUGAGUGAAAAAAUCACUUGCUUUCAGAGCUGAAGCUAUUGAAAGUUGAGGAUCAGAUUCACCUACUGCAUAUGACCUCUAGAUGACAGUGUAGAUCUACAGACUGAACACCUUUUUUAUAAAGUCAAUAAACCCUCUUGACUGGUGUUCACUGAGAUGUUCCUCAAACAGUUAUGUAAUGCAUUCUAGCGCAAUGUCAUUGUUUCUGCAGAGAAAAUGGAAUACCCAGUGAACAAGGUGUGUUGCUACACUUGAUAAUGAAUAAAGUCAAAUUUUGAAA